AUGGCGGAUAUAGACAACAUCAUCGCUGCGCAGCCACCCGAUCCGGUGCAGCAAGCUGCCGACGCCAACGCGGCUGAUAUUGCGCAGAACUUCCGCGGUCAUCCUCCUGGACGUGACCUCCCUGAUCCUAAUGCUCCUCCGCCGCCUGUGGCGGCGGGAGAGAAGAGGAAGGCGGAGGAUAAUGGAGGGGAGGAGGGCUAA